GAGUGUGGGGAACCUGAAUGAUGCUUACUAGGCAAAACCGUCUUAAAGAUAAGGUGAGAAAACAACACUGGUGAUCUGACACGUCAGCAAUGACAUAUAAAGGAGAGCUCAGUCCAGUUUUCCACUGUGGGAAGUUGUUCAAACUUGGACAGUACUCUCUAUAUUUAAUGCAUCUUGAGAGUUUUUAAUCUCUACUACUUGAGGACCAGCACUCACCAUGAAGUAUAGGAUGGUGGUGAUGUACGUGGAGAUCGGCUGCUUCGUGACCUGCCUGUUUGGCUGGAUCUUGGUGUGUUCCACCCUUCCCACAGAGUACUGGACUUUCUCCGAGGUGAGCGAUGUUGUGCUGACCACCUCCAACUUCUACUCCAACCUGUGGAAGGACUGUGUGUCAGACACCACAGGGGUGUCCGACUGCAAGGAAUACCCUUCCUUGCUGGCCCUUCCUGUGUUCCUACACGCCUGCAGAGGGCUCGCUGUCUGCGCCAUUAUCACUGGUUUCUUCGGAGGCGUCCUCACACUCAUAGGGAUGAAAUGCACUAAAAUAGGCGGAUCAGAGAUUGCCAAUGUGAGGGUGACCUUUGCAGGUGGUAUAACCUACCUGGUUUCAGGAUUCUGUGGUAUGAUCACCUACUCAUGGUGGGCCAACAAAGUCAUAACAGAAUUCUUGGAUCCAAAUUUUCUAGCACAGAAAUAUGAACUUGGAGCUGCAAUUUUCAUUGGCUGGGGUGGCUCCAUCCUUCUCCUCUCUGGAGGGACAGUGCUGUCUUACUUCUCUGGAAAAGGUCUAACAUCAAGUUCUGCAAAAAGCUCACAUAGAGCAGCCACUUACACCUCUGCCCGGACCAGACGGACCUACAUGCUGCCAGCUUCAGCGUCCAGAGUGACCCAGGUGCCGCCGUUGUUUUAUGAAGGCCAAGCAAGCAUAGCAACCAGUGCAACAAGGAAAGCCAGCGUCACCUUCAACAGGGACAGCUUCGUCUGAGCCAGAGGGGACUUCUGAGCUAGAAAAGUUACUUUAAAGAUUUAAAAAUCUACUCAUGUCUACGACUGGUAUCAAUCUUCUAAUCAAACUCAUGGCAAGAAAGCACAUAAGCAUAUUUACCAAAAAGUCGAACAUUUCCUUUAAUGAGGUUAUGCACGACUGGAAAUAUAAAUUCUGUUACUAAAGCAAAGCUAAGUAAUCCAGAUCCUGCAAUCAGGCUAUGUUGUUGUUUUUAAAAACUUUGUAUUUAUGGCUGUUUUUGUUUUUCAUCAGGGAGAACAUUUGAUUCUUCCUAUCUAUCUGUCUGCUUUGUUCUUUUGAAACAGGCUGAAAGGUUCAGUACA